GUGAAAGAAAGCAAAGCAGCGUGGACUGGCUAACCCCGCCCCGUGACGUUGGGUGUGACGUAGGCAAGGCCCUUCAGCCGAGGGACUCUAGGCACGACGUAAGCGGCAGUAGUGCUGCCAAUCACUCUUCAACAGACUGUAGCCGGUUUCUCUCAAUCAGAUUGUCUCCUUGGAGACAUGUACCUAAACCCUUGCCACAUGUGGUGCAUUGGAACAAACUCUGCUCGGUGCUGAAAAUUACUGCUGUUGCAGGAAAACAUCUGUCUAUACAAAGAGAUCAAAAUGAAAUAGCCAGCAUGGAAAACUGCAGAAUAAGAUGGAGAAAAGUACUGUAUGAACAUCAGGCCUUUCCAGAUAACUAUGUGGAUCAGAGGUUCCUGGAAGAACUUCAGAAAAACAUAUACGUCCGUCAGUAUGAGUACUGGUCUGUUGUGAGGGAGUCGAGUGUAGUGACCCAGCAGCUGGCCAGUGUCUGUGUCUUCGUUGUCCUCUGGUGGUACAUGGAUCAAGGGGUUCUGUUGCCACAUUGGCUCUUUGGUACUGGCCUCCUCUUUUCUCUGAUUGGUUAUCUCUUAUUUGAUGUCAUUGACACUGGACAGGGAAGGAGACAGAAUGGCCGGACUCGAUGGGCAGACUUGAAGAGUGCCACCCUGUUUUUAACAUUCACCUAUGGUUUUUCCCCACUGCUAAAAACCCUUACCGAAUCCAUCAGCACAGACACCAUCUAUGCCAUGUCUGUAUUUAUGCUUUUAGGGCAUCUGGUAUUUUUUGACUAUGGCGCCAAUGCUGCUGUUGUAUCAAGCACCCUAUCUCUGAAUAUGGCAAUAUUUGCUUCAGUGUGUCUUGCUUCCCGAUUGCCCCGCUCUUUCCAUGCUUUUGUUACUGUGACCUUUGCUAUCCAGAUUUUUGCUUUGUGGCCCAUGUUACAGAAGAAACUGAAAGCCAGUGUACCGUGCUGUUACUUGGGUGUGACUGUUUUAUGUACUGUUUCCGCCCUUCUUGGCCUCCUGACCAUAUCGGGUGUAGCAGCUCUGCUUUUUGCGCUGCUCCUGUUUUCUGUUUCAUUCUUGUGUCCCCUCUACCUAAUCCAGCUGCAGCAUUAUAAAGAUAACAUCCAUGGGCCAUGGGAUGAAGCUGAGAUUAAGGACGACCUUUCUCAGUUUUUAAAAUAGCCUCUCUAAAGAUAACAUCCAUGGGCCGUGGGAUGAAGCCGAAAUUAAGGACGACCUUUCUCAGUUUUUAAAAUAGCCUCUCUAAAGAUAACAUCCAUGGGCCUGGGAUGAAGCCGAAAUUAAGGACGACCUUUCUCAUUUUUUAAAAUAGCCUCUCUAAAGAUAACAUCCAUGGGCCGUGGGAUGAAGCCGAAAUUAAGGACGACCUUCCUCAGUUUUUAAAAUAGCCUCGCUUUGCUUUUGUAUUAACAUACUGUUGUAAUAUAAAGAGUCGGAAUUUUAAAUCUUUUGUUUGGGCCAUCAUAAGACACUUGAUGCAUACUUUAUAUAAUUUGGAGAUAUCUAUCUCAUUUUUAAAGUAUUUGCAGUUAGAUUCCUGUUUACAGGUCAUAAGCAUAAAAGGAACUAUUGAUAUGGCACAUGGAUCUUCUGCCCCCUUGUGUCUUGGACAUGUUGUGCGCCUCUUUGUUGUGACAUUGAACCGUUACUGGCUUCAUGAAGUAGAAGAUCAACUACAGAAUUGCAGCACUGGCAUCACAACUGAAGCAGUGCCCACUUUAGUAGAAGGCCUGCGAGACCAGGAAUGAAGAAUAGAGGCUAAUGGCCAGGUAGAAAUCUGAGGAAUAAUCAUAUUUGCAAAGUUAGAGGAUAUUGCAUGGCUACCAUUAGAGUGAAGCUAGAGUUUUCACUCUGUUAUAUCUUAAAUGUCCUGUAGUGGAGGCCUGUGUGAUAUAUGCAAGUGACCCUUUAAGACCUCUGUCAUCUGCUGUCUGUACCUGAAGAAGACCCAUUGACUGAAGCAAGUGAUGUCAGCCUUGACAUUCCUAUUGGAAAGAAUGAUGAUAGUGGGGAAGCAACCAUUUAUGAAGGGCCAGUGGUCAAAAAAAGUUGAGGGCAGCCUUUUAGUCGAAGGGGCUGGAGCAGACCUCAGUGGAAGUCCAGAGCUUGAAAUGAUUUCCUUAGGGGUUGAUGAGAUUUUCUCAAAACCACAACUUGUGAUUAACAUCUGUAGGGCUUCUGUUUAGUCAUUUGUUGAGUUGUUUAAAUAAAGUAUUAAAUAUGAA